UUACGUUCUUGGCAUAACCCGGAAGUACACAUAAUUUAUAUCAUUCCCUUCCCUAUGGAUACAACCAGAGCGGCACAAUACCUAUUCCAUAAUGGCAAUAGACUGGAUAGGUUUUGGGUACGCAGCCUUGGUGGUUUCCGGGGGGGUCGUGGGCUUUAUUAAAGCAGGUAGUGUCGCCUCUCUUGUCGCCGGACUAGUCUUUGGAGUCUUGGCAGGAUUUGGUGCUUAUCUGACCUCUAGAAAUUCCCAAAAUGUAUGGGUUUCACUUGGAAUAUCAGGAGCACUGGCUGUUGUGAUGGGAUUGAGGUUUUUCAACUCCUGGAAAUUCAUGCCUGCUGGGCUGAUGGCCCUGACGAGUCUAUUGAUGAUGGGCAAGAUUAUGGUUGGAAUGACCACAAGGCCACACCAAACCUGAAAACCGUGGUUUGUCAUUGAAAGUAAGAUGAAUAUCAUUUGGGGGGAAAUGAAUGCAAGACCAUCAACUAUGUUCAUAUGACAACACAAUUGACUGCUUAUGAGUCAUAAGCUUAGUUUACUUCCCAGAUGCUGAAUAUAUUUUGGUUCGGAUAACAACAAAUUGAAAUGUUUUAUUAUAUGAGACUGCUUUUUUACAGAUAUGAAUAAUAAUUAUAUACUUUUUCUUGUCAAUGCUAAAAAUGUGUACAGUGAUUCUUUUAACCGACUUUGUAAAAGGCCUUUCAUGUAUUCUAUACCCGUUGGCUCUCAAAAUUGUAUUCCAGUAUUGUCUACCAUUCUUCUAUAAAUAAAUGAAU